AUGCAUAUAUAUCAACUCAGCAGCAGCAACACUCAGUAUAGCGUGAAGCCACAGUUGAAAUAUUACUUUUAUUGGUCCAGAAGUAGACACAGCUUGACAGUUUCCUUUGGUAGUAAAUUUAAAAUGGCUGAAAAUGGUGCAGAUUGUGCUGUUCGUCUCACCAAUAUUUCCAGGGAUGUGUCACUGUCUUAUAUACGUUUGCCGCCCAGCGAUAUUAAUUAA